UGCCUUUCACCAAUAUCUGACAUUGUUUUCAAUAAAGAAAAGAAUCAAGAGUGCAGAUCUGUUUGGUCAUCAUGUUACCUAACAUUGUGCUGUUAGGAGCUGUCACUUUGCUUGGAGUUCUGGAGCAAGCAUACUUUUCCCUGCAAGUAAUUGCAGCCAGGCGGAAGUACAGUGUAUCCCCUCCAACCACUGCCGGGCCUCCUGAGUUUGAAAGAGUAUUCAGAGCUCAAGUCAACUGUACUGAAUAUUUUCCUGUAUUCCUUGCAGUAUUAUGGCUGUCUGGGCUCUUCUUCCAUCAAGGCACAGCCGCAGCAUGUGGACUUCUUUACCUACUUGCCCGAUAUCGAUAUUUUAAGGGGUACAGCGCUUCUUCACAGGCAAGAUUGGCUCCAAUGUAUCUCAAUGCUGGCAUCCUCUGGUUUAUGAUCGGCCUUUCAGCAGCUGGUAUUCUUCAUGUUCUCUUCUACCACUUCCUGGAACUGAAGAUCCUGUGAUGUUAUUCAGCUCAACUAAUAUGAAAAAGAAGCAAAUUAAAUUAC